AUGACAGAAAGGAAGAAAAGAAGCGAUGAGGGUGACAUGAUCAGCCUUCUCCCGGAUGAGAUCUUGACCUAUAUCAUCUCUUCUCUUUCUGUCGACGAGGCCGUGAGAACCAGCAUCUUGUCAAAGACAUGGAACCCCUUGUGGAGGAACUCUUCGUGCCUCGACUUUGAUGGGACCCGCAUGAUCAAACGCCGCAAUGUACACGCUGUUCGCAAAUAUGGUGAACUCGUGAGCACCGUGCUGAACCGUCACCUUUGUGACUUGACCAUGUGUCGCUUCAGGUACCUCUCUCCGAGCCUAAAUGCUGAGGAAUUGGCAGCUUUAGUUAAGUUCCUCGUGGAGAGAAACAAAAAUUUGAUUUCUCUUACCCUAGAGUGCAUUAAGACUAGACCAUAUUUUCCAUCUGUUAUGCUUAAUUUCAAGUCUGGGAUCUUUUCAAAUCUGUGUUCACUCGAGCUUAACAACUACUUGAUGAGGAGGGUUAAUGCAUCUGCGUUUGAGGGAUGUAAGAAAUUGAAGACCUUGAAAAUGAAGAAAAUGAUCAUGGAGGAGCAAGCUGUCAAUGAUGUUCUGGAAAACUGUUCCAGUUUGGAGAGGUUCAUCCUGGUAGAGUCAACCGGGUUCAAGAAACUCAAGAUUCGUAACCCGAGUCUCAACUUUUUGGAGCUCCGAUGGUUGGUUGUGAAUGAGAUAGACGUUUUUGUUGAGAAUCUUCAUGAAGUGGUGAUCGAUUCUAUUCUUUGUCCAUCCAAGGGUUUGAAAAUUUACAUUGUGGACUUAAGAAUAUUCCAUUCGACCUGCAACCCAAUUGCUCAAGAAAUUCAAGCUAAAUACUUAGGGGAAAGUAUUAUGAAAAGCCAGGACAUUCUUGAAAAUUGCAGUGGCCUUUUUGAAUCUCAACCAAUCAACAUUUUUCGUAAUUUAUUAACCAUGUCAAUUGAUUUGGAUUUGAACAACAUAAGAGAAGCUCUAGCACUUUCAUUCGUACUGAGAUCAUGCCACUGUCUGGAAUCUCUUGAUAUUACUAUACCGGUGAAGAAGGGUUCAGAUACGAGUGAUGAUGGUGCUCUACCAUUUCCCAAGUCAAUGUUCUGGGAGAGACGAAAUUGUGUUAAUCACAAGUUAAAAUUUGUUACUGUAAGGGGUUUUACAGGGAAAGAACUAGAAGGGAAGUUUGUUGAGCAUUUGAUUGCAAGAGCCGUCAUGGUGAAAAAAAUUACUAUAAUUUGCAAUUUCUCAAUAGUGGAGGAGGCAAGAAAGUUACUGUCACAGCGAAGACUAUCAGUUUAUCUCUCAAUCAUAUUGAAGUCUAGAAGGCAGAUUAAACUAACUGGGGUUGCUGACGCAGUAAAGGGCAGGUUAGCAUAUCUAAAGAAUAAUAGUGAGUUCUUCCAACGCUGA